CCAACUCACACACACACACCUGGGUGGAGUGGAAGAGCAACGGAGGCGCGCCUCCCGUGGUGGCUUUUGACCAGGCGGGACUACUGGGAAAAGAAAGAAAGAAAGAAAGAAAGAAAGAAAGAAAGAAAGAAAGAAAGAAAGAAAGCGAGACCCAUCUCCCAUCCCCGAGGAGGGACCAAGGGCGCGGAGGCGCCUCCCUGGACGCCCUUGGGAGGAAAGCGCCCCCCCUCCAGUCUUGCGUCUCCUUCUCUUUCCUCUCCGUGGCUCAAGCCAUGCUGGCUUCGGCUUCUUACGACGUCCGCCGCGCAGCCUCGCCCGAGGGCGCGACCGGACCCGCGAGCGCCGACGGCCCGUCGUUCCGCAACAAGCCGGACAACACCGCCUUCACCCAGCAGCGCCUGCCGGCCUGGCAGCCGCUGCUCUCGGCGGGCACGGUGCUGCCCCUCUUCUUCUUCCUUGGGGUGGCCUUCCUGGCCGUGGGCCUGGGCCUCCACUUUUCCUCCGAGGGGAUCCAGGAGCUGGAGCUGGAUUACACCGGCGUGGCCGGCGACAGCUCCGACUGCGGCCGCUGUGCCAACCUGAGCGCCAGCCCUGGGCACAAGAAAUGCACCUGCGCGGUGUCCUUUACGCUCUCGGUGGAUUUCCCGGCGCCCGUCUGCCUCUACUACCAGCUCUCCAACUACUACCAGAACAACCGGCGGUACAGCAUCUCCCGGGACGACGCGCAGCUCAGCGGCAGCACCUGGGCCCUCCGGAACCCCAUCCAGGACUGCCAGCCUUACCGGUGGAACGGCAGCGGCUUCCCCAUCGCGCCCUGCGGCUCCAUCGCCAACAGCCUCUUCAACGACACCUUCGCCCUCUACCGCAUGUCGGGCAAAGACGUGGUGGCCAACAUCUCCUUGGACCGGAGGGGCAUCUCCUGGUGGACCGACAACAACGUCAAAUUCCGGAACCCAGAGCCGGUCAACGGGAGCCUGGCGUUGGCCUUCGGAGGCACCGCCAAGCCCCCCUUCUGGCCCGAGCCGGUCUACAACUUGAGCGCCAACGAUCCGAACAACACCGGCUUUGUCAACGAGGGCUUCAUCGUUUGGAUGCGCAUCGCGGCCCUGCCCAGUUUCCGCAAACUGUACGCCUGCAUUCACCGGGGGAACUCCUCCGUGGCCCUGCCACGGGGCCACUACUCUCUCAACAUCACCUACAAUUACCCUGUCCUGGCUUUCAGGGGCACCAAGAAGGUCAUCUUCAGCACCCUCUCCUGGAUGGGCGGCAAGAACUCUUUCUUGGGCAUCGCCUACCUGGUCGUCGGUUCCGUCUGCAUUGUCACGGGCGUCGUCAUGCUGGUUGUGCAUCUCAAAUAUCGACACCUGAACGAGGAAGACUAAUGGACCGAGGGUUGAAAGCCGACCGUUUUUCAGGGAGGUGCCCGGGCGAAAAACACCUGAUUCUUUCCCCCUGCCAAGAGAAGUGAUUAACCUUAGUCCCGUCGCUUAACAAAGAUGAAUUCUCCUUGGUACAGCUUUUGGGGGCUUGUACAGAUGGCUUUAGUUUUAAAUCACAGCAUGGGCAGUUGUGCGGUGACACCUCUUGUAGUCAUGAUGUGGAAGAUCAAGGAUGGCCAGCACUACUGGUCCACCUUUCUGUGGGUUUUGGAGAGAAAGGUGCCCUAAAGGAACCGGUUGUGAAUGAAGGAUGUGCUUAAUUGUUACCUGGCUAACAUCUAAUACAUGGGAGAGAGAUCUAUCUAUCUAGAAAUGCUUCCAUGGGCAAUAUUUUAGACCUAGAAAAUGUGAAUAGAUAUCUUGUUUUUAGAGAAUCCCUACCAAGCUUACCCACCUUGUGGACUGACUCAAUUACUUCGGCACGAUAAAACCAGCAGUUUUGUGUAGUGAUUUAUUUCAUGGUCCUUCCCUAUGGAUCUACUGUCAGGUUAAUGAUUUUAUGACCUUGUUUUCUUCUGAAACAUGAUUAUUCUUUUUUAAAAAGUUGUCCUUCAUGCAAUAGUCUGCAAAACAUCCCGUGGUGAUUACGGCAUGUUUCGCAAUGGGUUGGGGCCAGUGUUACUUCUUUAAUAUUUCAUGUCUGAUGUUUUGUUGGCCCCCACAAAGGUUUAGGCCUUGGGUUAUAGGAUGUCAGCUACCUUAUUCUUCCACCCGUUGCGUCACUUCGUCUUUUGUGACUGAACUGCGUGUCUCAUAAUAAUUGGCACAGGUGCCACAUAACCCCGGAGUGCUGGAUUUCUUUGUGACAUUCCAUCAAGUUUAAAGGCAAGUUUUU